GAAAUUUUUCUGUAGCCAGUCUUUGAUCAGCGCGAAGUCCAAGAAAUAUUUGUAUCAGUCCCCGAUACUCAGACAAUUUCUUGCUGUUUGCAAUUGCCCAGGCUUUACUUUGUUGCAUUGGCGUAUGUCUGGCUCCAAACAAAGCCCUCCCUCGUGGCUAUUCUCCAACAACCCCCUGAAUCCAAUCAAACCUUCAACCGAUACCAUGGGCAAGAAGAGCACAAAGGCCGCUGCGCCCAAGAACGAUGCCGCAUCUGCGCCUCCGCCGGGUCAGCUCAUGGACUUGGUAGAGAAUUUCCUCUCUGACCACUCGUUCAAGGGCGCUGCCGAUGCUUUCAAGAAGCAGAGAGAGAAGAAGGGCUGGAAGGCGACUGCUGCCACCGACGAAGAGGGUAACCCUUCCCUUGUCAGUGUUUACCAGACUUGGGAGGCUACCAAGGGCGAUGAUAGCAGCAAGUCUAGCAAGUCCAGCAAGAAGAAGUCCUCUAAGAAAGACUCCAGCAGCUCUGCUAGCAGCGACUCCAGCUCUGAUUCGAGCGACGCCAAGGAAGAGGAUGUGGAUAUGAAGGACGCCGAGUCGUCCUCGGACAGUGACAGCAGCUCCGACAGCGACAGCGAUGAUGAGGCUGCCAAGCCCAAGGCCUCUAACACUCUGAAGCGAAAGGCUCCCGUCGACGAGAGCUCCUCUGAUUCAUCUUCGGACUCUGAUUCUGACUCGAGCUCCUCCGAUUCCGAAACUGAUUCGGACAAGCCCAAGGCCAAGAAGCAGAAGCGCGCCGCUUCCUCGAGCUCCUCCAGCGACUCUUCUUCCUCAUCCAGUGAAUCCUCCGACUCAAGCGAUUCUUCCGAUUCUAGCGAUAGUGAUUCGAGCAGCGACUCGGACGACGAGAGCGCCAAAUCGGACUCUGGCUCGUCUAGCUCCGAUUCAAGCUCUGAUUCGAGCUCCGAUUCCGACUCCAGUGACUCAGACGACGACGCUGCUGCCAAAGUGCCACUUCCCGACUCCGACAGCUCAUCUUCGGACUCCGACUCCGCCUCCAGCGACUCUGACUCUGACUCUGACUCCGAUGCAAAGGAGACCAAGAAAGACAAGAAGAUCAAGAAGGAGAAAGAGGCUAAGGAUUCUUCCGACUCUUCUGUCACGUUAGACAAGACUUCGCCCGAGUUCCAGUCAAACUCUGCUUACCCACCUCUUCCCCCGGACCCCGUUGUGAACGGUAACGGACGCAAGAAGCAGAACGAGCCCUUCUCCCGCAUUCCCAAGAACAUCAAGGUGGACGCCAAGUUCGCUUCCAACGAAUACGUCUCUAUCGCCUAUUCUCAAAAGGCUCACGAGGAUCUGAUUGUUACCAAGGGCAAGGGCUUUACAAAGGAGAAGAACAAGAAGAAGAGGGGCAGUUACCGUGGUGGUGCCAUCGACAUCCAUGAUAAGAAGGGCAUCUAUUUCGAUGAUUAAAUACCUUUUCGGAAAUUAAUACUUGAGAAGGUCAAAAUUGGAGCAGGAUGAAGCAUCAUUUGUUUAGAAAUAGCCGGCGUUUGGAACGUGACAUGGUCACCGCCAAAGAUACAUAGAUUCAUUCUACUGCCGUUCUAGGGGCAAUAUUCACGUUUAUUAGACUUUUUUUUAUUCCAAGACAUGCUCAAUUUCAAAAGUUUCAGGGUAUCUAUAUGUUCAACUUCAGUCUGCACUAAAAAGAAGUCGUUAUACAUCAUG